UAUAGAACAUUUUAUAAAUACAGUUUUGUUUAAAACAUAAUAAUCUUAUCAUCAAGGUAAAAUACAUGUUGAAUCCUUUAAAUUAUCUCAAGCCUUUCUUGUGUACUUCAUCUGGGAGAAAGUUUUAAAAUAACACUCAUCGAUAAAUAUUCUUAUCAGACAAUACAUGAAAUAUAUUUUGGUAAUCUAGUCUAUGUUUAGGUUCUGAUUGUAAAUUUGCAUAUUUGUAGAAAUACCUUUCUCUUGUCCAAUGCCAUCAUCAUCAUCACCACCAUCAUCACCAUGCCUUUGACCACCAUUAUCGUCACCAUCAUCAUCACCAAGUCCAUCAUCACCACCAUCAUCACCAUGCCCAUCAUCACCGUCAUAAUUUGUCAUUUGGAAAUACCUGUCUCUUGUCCAAUGCCAUCACCAUCAUCACCACCAUGACCAUCACCAACACCGUGACCAACACCAUCAUCUCCACCAUGACCAUUACCAACACCAUCACUAACACUAUGACCAUCACCAACAUCACAAACACCAUGACCAACACCAUCAUCACCAACACCAUCAUCACCAAUACCAUCAUGACCAUCACCACCAGCAUGACCAUCACCGACACCAUGACCAUCACCAUCAUCCCCAACACCAUCAUCACCAUCAUCACUAUCACCACCAGCAUGACCAUCACCAUCAUCACCAUGACCAUCACCACCAUCAUUACCAUCAUCAUGUGUCAAUCUGGAAUACCUGUGUUGCUGGCCUUGUUUGCUGUAGAACCUAUCAACUGCUGGGGUGUAUGUGAUGCCUCCAUGACAGAUAAUCUAUUGUACUCUUCCACCGCUCUAAUGAAAUCUGAAGAAAAGAGGAUUUGCUAA